UGUCCUUCCUCCCAUUGCGAGUGCUGUUUUAAAUAGUGAGUAAGCUCAGGUGGCGACAUCGCCUCAAGGACACCUGUUGAGAACAUCUACUUCUCAGCGCAGCAUUAGCUUCUGGAACAGCUUGUUCAAAGAGAACCACAGAAAUCUUCCAAGUCACAAAAGUACAGGAAUGGACAAUAUCAGCAGACUGAUGUUCGCAGUUGUCAUGGCAAUGGCAUACAUGGCGAUGGGAGCCGAGGCACAGAACACCACAAUGGCUCCGAACUCCAAUGCUACUAUGGCCAACAUAACAAUGGCACCCAACGUAACAAUGGCACCCAACGUAACAAUGGCACCCAACGUAACAAUGGCACCUGUUGUCAACCCCGUCACAGCUCUCACGGUAAAUAUCUCAAUGGCGGAAUGUAAAAAGUCCCAGCUCUGUGCUGCUAAGCCGCCAGACUGUGAUCCGGCCGUGGCUGGGUCCUGUUUCUUCGUCUCCAUCAAGAAGUCCUUGGGACAGAUUUUCUCCUUCCAGCUACGAGGAGUGUCCAGUGGCUACAUCGCAGUAGGCUUGUCCAAAACUUCCACACAGGGUCAGAAUGACACUACUUAUGUGUGCGCAAACAGCAACAGAAAAGUAAAGUUCUUCACAGCUCUCCUCGACAAAGGAGUUCUGACCGUCAACAACAAGCUGCCUGUGGAGUCUGUGAAGGGCUCAGUCAACGGUCAGACCAUUCAAUGCACCUUCUCUGCUACUGUCCCCAACGCUACGGCCACCCGGACCAUCGACACCAGCUACUACCUCUCCAUCUCCAACGGAACUUUUAAUAGUGUAACAGAUACCCUAGGUUCUCCUCAGGCUAUUCUGAACAGUGAUAAAGCUGUGGACCUGGCCGACCCCAACACUACUGUGUUAAACUCUUUAAACUCUGCUCCCUCCGCCUUCUGCCUGUCUCAAGCUCUUCUGAUCCUGAUAGGUGUACUAGGUAUGAUGAUGCUGUAAUGCAGGUCUGAAGGAGAAGCACCAUGCAGUCAGGAAUCCUGUCUCCUUCUCUUUACUCAACUUGGCCAGGCUGCGUCCCUAAAUGACACCCUCUCCUUAAAUAGAGGUCUAUUUUCACUAUGUAGGGAAUAGGGUGCCAUUUUGGAGUUACUCUGGUACCUGAACAAAGGACUAUGUCAGAUCUGAAGUUAUAUGCUUAAAUAUCCAAUCAUGUUUUUCCACAUACUUAAUGAAACCCCUUCUAGUUGAGGGUAGUAAGACAUUAACCAACAGAAUGGACCCAGUGAUACCAGUGAUACAAGGCCAAGUUCUAACAUAUUGUGUUGAUAGACAAUGGUGAUACAAGGCCAAGUACUAACAUAUUGUGUUGAUAGACAAUGGUGAUACAAGGCCAAGUACUAACAUAUUGUGUUGAUAGACAAUGGUGAUACAAGGCCAAGCACUAACAUAUUGUGUUGAUAGACAAUGGUGAUACAAGGCCAAGUACUAACAUAUUGUGUUGAUAGACAAUGGUGAUACAAGGCCAAGUACUAACAUAUUGUGUUGAUAGACAAUGGUGAUACAAGGCCAAGUACUAACAUAUUGUGUUGAUAGACAAUGGUGAUACAAGGCCAAGUACUAACAUAUUGUGUUGAUAGACAAUGGUGAUACAAGGCCAAGUACUAACAUAUUGUGUUGAUAGACAAUGGUGAUACAAGGCCAAGUACUAACAUAUUGUGUUGAUAGACAAUGGUGAUACAAGGCCAAGUACUAACAUAUUGUGUUGAUAGACAAUGGUGAUACAAGGCCAAGUACUAACAUAUUGUGUUGAUAGACAAUGGUGAUACAAGGCCAAGUACUAACAUAUUGUGUUGAUAGACAAUGGUGAUACAAGGCCAAGCACUAACAUAUUGUGUUGAUAGACAAUGGAUUAGAAAUAUAUAUAAAAACAUUCAACCUCAUAUUCAUCAUCUCCACAAUCAGUCCAACAUCACCACUUACCUUCUAUUUGAAAACAACACAUCCUCCAUAUUUGUAUACCACCAUGUCAUCCCCUUUAUGUAACACAUGUAUUUGUGCAAAUGUUUAUGCUAUCUUAUCUCACGUUAUGAAGGAAGAAGACGUCAAUUCCACUUUGGUUCAACAUCAUUUCAUUUAAUUGAAAUGACGUGGGAACGUUGAUUCAACCAGUGUGUGCCCAGUGGGCCAUAGAUGAAGUCACAAGGGCUACGUUUAGACAGGCAGACUAUUUCUGAUCUCUUUUUAUCUAAUCUUUUUUCAGAGCUUAUCUGAUUGGUCAAAAGACAAAUGAGUGGAAAAUAACCACAGAAUUGUGCUGCCUGUCUAAACGCAGCAAAGGUGGCAGAAAUGGGAAUUUGUGGGUUAAUACUGUGUUGUAUAUACUGUGUGUGUGAAGGCGUGCAUAAUGAUGAAGCCACUGGAUGGUGAACCUUCCUGAUUACAUUUUUAAAGUAUAUACAAUCAUGGAAAUAUUUUAUCAGACCAUUUUUAAAAUAAAAACUGUUAUUUACAAUAAAUGUAUGUUUGACUAUC